AUGUACUGGGGUGUCUUCGACCACUUCCCCGAGCUGAAGAUUUGCCUGGGCCGCUGCGGCGAAGGCCCUCCUGGAUCCUGCCCAGAACCGACACGACUUUCCGGAUGGACACAUAAGCGGCUCAGGCACCAAAGGCAAAAUCCUUUCUUCAUUAUUUGCAGAAUAACACCAUCUGCGAUACCAGCGGCAUGCCUCCAGCCUUCGGCGCCGAUGAAUCUGCUCUCGGAAACAAAGAUUCAAAAUGUGACUUUCUCCGUCGACUACCCGUACGAGAGUGUCGUCGAGACGAGAGCCUGGUUUGAGACUGUUCCCGUCUCUGACGAGACGUGGAGGACCACUGGCUAUCGGAAUGCAAUCAGAAUUUUCAACCUGCCGUUUGGAGCCGGCUGA